AUGAGCGUCCCCUCUGAUACAACCCCAUCAAACGAUGCUUCGGAUUCGCAGGAAACUGCGAAAGUCGAGCAGUUCAUUUGGGGCCGAGUCACUCUCAUCCAGCAAGCACUUGACAGAGUCGAUGCGAUCGCUGCACAGAAAGAGCCAGACCGUGUCAUUACUGCAAGCAAGGAGCUAGAGGACGUAGUCGAUGAGGCACGAAGGAUGCAUCCGUUCGUGUCGAUGCCGAAGCGUGAGUACAGCAGAGCGGAUGAGGCUUUGAUGGACCUACAAUACCGUGCGCAACUCCUCUUAAUAGGACCGACUUCACCUUCAGCGUUCAAUGACGCCGAGCGGACCCAGAUGAAGGAGCGGGGCGCGGUCCUCGGGAGCGGCGCGUCCGGAAGGGUGUGGAGAGCUACCAUGAAGAGAGCUGGUGAAAGUGACAAGGUAGUGGCCUUGAAGACUUCCCACACUUGUAAAAAAGUAGCCAAUCCGCCGCUGCGCCAUGAGGCUUGUGCUCUCUUAGCUCUCCAGGGCCACUCUAGCAUACCAGAGGUCUAUGCAUGGGGAAGAUCGAAUCAGUUUGAGUAUCUUGCUAUGCAGCUUCUGGGGACGCAGAAUCUGGAAGAACGCGCCUCGAAUGGCCCGGCUUUCACGGUUGAAGAUCUAGCGACACUUACCUGCACUAUGUUGGAUGCAGUGGAGCAUGUACACUCACGUCAUCUGAUCCACGGCGACAUCAAACCACAAAACUUCGUCUUCUCCCUCCCUCCCGACUCUCGCCUGUACUUGAUUGACUAUGGUUUGACAACCUGGCAUUCCGAUCCCGAAACGCAUGUUCCGCUCGAGAAGUCCCGUACAUCCAACACCAUCGGAACGAUAGUGUACUGCAGCAUUAAUGCGCAUCUUCAUCAAGCCCCGUCGCGUGCAGACGACAUGGAAUCAUUAGCAUACACCGUCAUAUCACUUCUUCGAGGCUCACUUCCAUGGCAGAAACAGUCGCGCAAAGGAGUAUUCCCCAAUAAGCAGCUCUGGUCCGGAAACGACCUUGGCUUCGGGUACCCCCAGGUUUUCGGCGACUUCGUCGACUAUACACGGGCAUUGGGAUUCGAAUCCGAGCCGGAUUACGUAGUGGUCGGCACGUCGCACAAGGACGCACCCGACCCUAAACCGUCACUCCAAGUACUCCCUGAGCCAGAGUCGAUCUCGGAGUUUACGACGCCUCGUGAGGACGAUUACUGGCCCAUCGGAACCGCUAUGUACCCCAGAGUACCCACGAGGCGGGAUCUGAUUGGCGACGAGAAAGCAACUGAGCAGGAAGAUCAGGAAGAGAAAGAAUUUGGCUGGGAAUAUCUAGAUGAGAUAGACAAAUUCUGGUUAUAG